GGCUUUGUUUUUGAGCUCCGCCGGCAGCAUCAAACGAAUACAGCGUCAAGGAACAGGGCGGGAUUUGAAGAUGACACAGACCCUAAAGGGCUUGGAAGCAGUGCGAAGAAUGUUUUGUGCAGCAUUUAGCAGGAAGCUGUGUUAGCGAGACCUCAGCCGUUCACCGCCGGCCGCCGGGGAGGUACGCCGGGAGCUGGAAGACAGGUCUCUAUGGUCAAGUAACUAUAGAGCGGGCCUCUCUUCCCCCCACGUGGUGGGGCUGCGCAUGAGCAGUCGUCGCAGCUUCGGAAACAUGGCGGAGGAAGAGCAAAGAAAAAAGAUCCCGUUGGUUCCAGAAAAUCUCCUGAAAAAGAGGAAGGCUUAUCAGGCCCUUAAAGCCACUCAAGCAAAGCAGGCACUUUUGGACAAGAAGGAGAAGAAAGGAAAACAGCUCAAGUUUAAGCGACUGGAAUGGUUCUUACAUGAUUCCUGGCGGCAGCAACGUGACAGGGUGCGCCUCAGACGACUAGAAGUGAAACCUCGUGGCCUGGAAGUGCCAGAUAAACAUUCCUUGGCCUUUGUUGUACGCAUCCAAAGGAUUAAUGGGGUGAGUUCACUGGUGCAGAGGACCAUUGCAAGGCUUCGCCUGAAGAAGAUUUUCAGUGGUGUCUUUUUCAGAGUAACCCCCCAGACCAUAAAAACGCUGCGUGUAGUGGAACCUUAUGUGGCCUGGGGGUUUCCAAAUCUGAAGUCUGUCCGGGAACUCAUCUUGAAACGUGGACAAGCCAAGGUCAAGAAUAAAACCAUCCCUUUGACAAAUAAUACAGUGAUUGAGGAGCACCUGGGGAAGUAUGGUGUUAUUUGCCUGGAAGACCUCAUUCAUGAAAUUGCCUUUCCGGGGAAGAAUUUCCAGGAGAUCUCUGCAUUCUUACGUCCUUUCCAUCUCUCAGUGGCCCGUCACACUACCAAGAAUAGAGUGGGCUUCCUGAAGGAGGUGGGCUUACCUGGCUAUCGAGGUGAACGCAUCAAUCAGCUCAUUCGACAGUUGAAUUAAACCCAGCAUAUCUGAAAACACAGCACAUCGGUGGCGCAUGUUUUGUCUCUUAGAAUUGUUACCAGUAUCUUCGAAGAAGAUUAUUUUCUGUUAUAUCUUGAGAAACUAGAGGAAAGGUCAGGGAAAAAAUGAUGAUGAUCUGGCAGGCAUUUGUCAUCACAGCCCAGUUCCAAGGGAAAGUUCCAGUGUGUUUUCCACGUUGCCUGCCCCCACCACCUCUGACGUCAGCGAAAGACUCUUGCCACGGAAGGGGAAGUUCUGCCGUGUCACAUCUUCUAUCCUGGGGUUUAAAGUUGGUGAACGAAUACCCAGGCAUGAAUACAAGACAGCAGUGGACCAACCUCAGGGACGUACUUGAACCUGGGGGUUUCUAGGGCCUUGUUUUGGAAGGAACUUGAAAUAUAACUACAAAGAAGAGCACAAAAACAGUGCUCAGUUGUCUCUGCUAUGAGUCCCUGUUCUUGCUUUUCAGUGACAGCUUUGCAAGGUCUCAGAUGGCCCUGAGGUGUAUCUGGUGGCUUCCUUAGCCUAGCCCGUGAUUGACCUAAUCCUUUUCUUUAGCUCAGAUUCUUAACCUAUUCUUGGGUCUGUGAGAAGGGAAAGACCCUUUUUCCAGGAAAAUACAUACAUUCAAAUUUUUGCUUAGAAGUUUCUGUGUUCAUAGACUCUUCAUAGGGACCCAUGCAUGUUACGUGAGGAAGUCCUGCACUACCUGCAUUGGUCACCUGUGCCCUGACCUUGUUCGUCUCCUCUGGUCCCGUAUCCUGUGGAAGACCAAGGCUUACCAAGAUAGCUUUCUCCCUUGGAGCCAAUUGGGUGUUUCCUAUUAGCAACACAGUGGUAGAUUUCUGAGCCCCCAUGCCAUCUACCUUAGGGAAAUGCCCACCAUUUAUUUCUGCUGGGCUUCAGGAUGAAAUUUUCUUUUGCAUGGAUGUCAUUUAGGCUUCAUUGGACCCUCUUCUUGCAUAUUCUAGACUGCAAAAGUAUUGCUGUCUAUCCCACUGGUGGGAUCCCACGAUGCCAUAGGCCAAUACCGAGGCUCCCGGGGACUGAGACCUAAAAGUGGGAUCUGAUCGUGCUUGUGUUUAUUAUCUGUGUCCCCCUCCUAGGUGGGCCUUCCUCUGCUUCAGCCACUUUGUUGCCUCAAUUGCCAUCUGAGUAGUUGGUGAGGCUGUGCCAGGUAUAGGUCAAGACUCGGAAACAUGCUUAACCAUUGUGUGCCCUGGUCCCUUAAGAUCAGCUUUGCUGCACUUUUGGCUCAUGGGGCCCUCAAACAUAGCUGUGAGGUUGAGUUAGAAUGAGAACAAUACCUUAAAAUGUGCCAGGUUAUGAGGUAAUUAAUUAGGUUGGUUGGUUCAAGAGUUAACCUGCCAAGAAUAGAUGUUAGAGCUUACACUUAACCCUUAAAGCAUUGUGAAAUCAAAUUACUUUAAAGUGACGUAUCAGAAAGCCAUGGGAAAAGAGCAUUUGUGAGUGGAAGCACAGGGUUUCUGUCACAGAUCUAUUUUAUACUAAAUACAGGAAUAAUGUUUCCAUCUUGCCUGCAGAAUCGGACUCUAGUCUAACGUGUGUGCCUCAUUCAGCACAGUUCAAAGGAUUAAACAAAAGAAUACUUUUUAACAUAAUUCUAUGGAAAUAGAUGUUAUAAAAAUUAAUGCCCUACUGUAUCGUGUACUGUGAUAUACCAUUUCCUAAACAA